UGUAACAGUCCAGCUGCUUUUCAAUCCACACGACUUUUUGUCCACGAAAAUAAUUCAAAAUAUUUAUUUUCAAAAUUUUCCUUAAACAUUAAAUGGACAUAGAGCUGCGUUUUUUAGGUCAUCGACAUAAGUUUAAUACAAGAGAUCAGUUCAUAUACUGUGUCCUCCCCUACAUCGAAGGCCAGCGGUACACUUUCGACCACUCGUAUGAAGGUUGUGGAGAUGGUGAAGAGUUCCUAUUAUUGUUAAGGGUCCGCUGGUUCGGGAAGGAGAAGGUCUCAUCCGCCCGAUUUCAAAUUUCUUGUCGCCAUGGCAACCACUGGAUUAAGCGGGUGUCGGAUGCCAAAAAUUACGCCAUAUUUCUAAAUGAGAAAGAUGUCUGUGAUACCCCGGACGGAAUGAAAAUAUCGUCCGGGGACAUUUUCGUCCUAGCUGAAAACGUUUUUCAAGAAUAUUACCCCCCACCUCGCUGGUGGAAACCAAAGUGGAAGGUUUUUUCCAAGGGAAUUGUGCAAAGGAAGAAUUGCCCAGAAGAUUUUCAGUACACGUUCGUUUUCUGCUUCCAGCCGAGAAGCAUUCCAACCACGCUUGACCCGAACGCAUCCCAAAAGAUUGAAUAUUACCCACCUGACACAUCCGAAUCUUACCUCGCCCUCGAAAAUACGCUGAUCCUCUCAAAAAUAUUUUCCUACUUGGCUCUACCAACCUUAAAGAAUUGCCGCCUCGUCUCAUCCUUCUGGGAGAGUGAAGCCGUCCCCUGGCUCAAGUCCCGAUCCGAAAUUCGGUUCCAGUUUCACGUUUACCGCGGACCCGUCAAGUCGAUGAAGUUCUUUCUCUACAGAAAUGAAAUGUUACCCUUUGCCCAUCCAAAUUGGCACGUGGAUCGUCUCAAUACCGGCGACACGGCGACCUUCUCGAAAUUAGGGGACGAUUUGGACCGGCUUCUUACAAAUUGUGACCCAAUGAUCCGUCGCCUGAGCUGUGUUUACUGUCACACCAUAAAUACCGCGCUCUUGGCCAGGUUGCUGAAUCGAGUGGCCGGUUCGUUAGAGGAAUUGUGUGUUCUUUUCGACAAUUGUGAAAAUGCGGGGGAAGAUAUUACCGAAUUUUUCGAGUUGAUAGAAUUCCCGCUCCUUAAAAAAUUUGAGAUUGAUAUGGGUGACAGUGUUCUGCCGUCAAUAAGACACGAAUGGUACGUAAAUUUGACCCCUUCACUAAUAAAGUUGAGUAGCAAGGUGUCCUCGCUGUAUUUUAAGUCGAACAGUGCCCCGUUGAAUGGGUAUUGUUUGCGGGAAAUUGUAUCGAAUAGGGAUUACCCGAGGUUGAGGGAGGUUCGGAUUAAGAAGAUUGAUCGGGAUGGGAUGGAAGUGUUGCGGGGUUUAAGGGCGGGUUUGGUGAGGCUGGAAAUUAAUGGGUUUUCGGACGAGUGUGAGAUUCGACAGGUGGAAGACAAUUUACAAGAAGUCGUGCAAAGGCAGAGGAAUUCGUUGGAGUUUUUAUAUCUCGAAGUGCCCCCGGACUGGGCAGUGGUCCCUGUGGGGGAUAUGCCUUUCUUGAAUAGGAAAGAUAUCUUUUUUGGACAGGUUGAAUGUUAAGGCAGAAAAUUCAACGCUUAGAUGUAGGCUAUUAAAUACAUCCAAUUGUUUCGGGAUUGCCUCGAUUUCUGAGUAUUUAUUUAAAGUUUUAAAUGCAAAUUUGUAAAGGCCCUUAAUUUAUUAAAUUUAUAAUUCCUUUAUUUGUCAUUCCAUGGACCAUGACUCAUGGUCCAUGAGCCUUGUGCGGAUUUUUUAAAUAAACUAAUUACUGUUUUGCUAUUAUUUAUUACUAUUAAUUAAUUACUAUUUUUUUCAUAAUCCGAAGUAUAUCAGGUAUAGUAUGUAUAUAAUCUGUAAGAAUUGUAAUAAAAUAUAACGUAUAAAGCGUUAAAUGAG